AUAUAAUCUUGUAUACUUGGCCUAUAACUACACUGCACAAGAGCUAGCAAUAUCAUCAUUUCAGUAUAACAAGUUCAAAGGUCUCAAUUGAACUUGUUUCAACCAAACCAACCAAAUGAAGAACUCUGAUAGAAACUUGUUACAUUCUUUUAUGCAAAUGAUUUUCAUUCUUUGUUUGUUAUGUUUCAUAACAAGAGUUGAAGCAUCAUUACACAAUAAAAUCCCUGGCUUUUAUGUGUUUGGAGAUUCCACAGUAGACCCUGGAAACAAUAACUACAUAAAAACACUUUUCAGAAGCAAUUUUCCACCAUAUGGCAAAGAUUUUUCAAACCAAGUUCCUACAGGAAGGUUCACCAAUGGAAAAUUAGCCACUGAUUACAUUGCUUCUUAUGUAGGGGUGAAAAAAGAGCUUCUGCCAGCUUAUUUGGACCCAAAAGCUAAUACCAAUAUUGAAGAGCUUAUGACAGGAGUUAGUUUUGCCUCUGCUGGUUCUGGUUUUGACCCUCUUACACCAGCUAUCAGUAGUGUAAUUCCAAUACCAAAGCAGUUGGAAUAUUUAAGAGAAUUAAAAAAUAAGCUGGAAAAUGUGAUUGGUAAGGAAAGAACUGAAAAUCAUAUAAAGAAGGCUGUGUUUUUCUGCAGUGCUGGUACAAAUGACUUUGCUCUUAAUUACUUCACUCUUCCAAUGAGAAGAAAGACCUAUACUCUCUUAGGCUACCAACAAUUCUUGAUCCAACAUGUCAAAGAAUUUUUACAGGGUUUGUUGGCAGAAGGUGCUCAAAAGAUUGUAAUAGCUGGAGUACCUCCAAUGGGAUGCCUACCAUUCAUGAUCACUUUGCAUUCCCCUAAUGCUUUUAUGCAACGUGAUUGUAUCGAUAAAUAUUCUUCUGCAGCUAGAGAUUACAAUCUACUCCUUCAAAAUGAAUUACAAAAAAUGCAAUUGCAACUCAAAUCAUCUAAUCCAAAUGUUAAGCUCUAUUACAUUGACAUAUAUGGACCCCUAGCCAAUAUGGUUCAAGCACAUAAAAAAUAUGGAUUUGAAGAUAUUAAUAGUGGCUGUUGUGGAAGUGGAUACAUUGAAGCAUCAGUUUUGUGCAAUAAGGUUUCAAAUGUGUGCCCUGACCCAUCUAAGUAUAUGUUUUGGGAUUCAAUUCAUCCUACAGAGAAGGCAUACCACAACCUCUUCUUGGCUUUCCAACCCACCAUUGAUUUCAUUGUCAACAACUAGAAUAAUGAAUGAGUUCCUUCAUAUAUACUCUUUCCAUCCCAAAAUAUAAGCAAAAAUAAGUUAAUAUAAAUUGAUGUAUUUGGUACAAAUUUUGAACAAAAUGUAUUGACUUUUGCUGAUUAAUUUUUGGACGGAGGGAAUACAUAUUUGAUCUCUUUUUCUUCACAUCGGUUAUGACCUCUCAAAUGUAACACAUUUUUUCCUU